AUGUCCGAGAGUGGUGCUGCCGAUGGCGAACCAAAGCGAGUGUUUGUGGUGCCGGAAAAGCUGGUUAAAUCGCCCGCCGAUAUGGAGCUGUGGAGAAUGUCCGAGUGUUAUUACGAUUUGCUGGGAUUCAUUAGCAGUAUGUCGAUGGCGUUGCAAGGGACCCGUAACAGCCAGGAAGUGGCGAUACCGCCGGUGGUUGAAAAGUUAAUGAAGGUUUUAGAUCGAUUGGAGCAACUAGCGAUCGAAACGCCGCCAGUUGAUCAGCCGGCCCGGUUCGGAAACGUUGCAUUCAAGAGCUGGUAUCAAAAAAUGCAAUCAGAAAGCAUGCAGCUCAUUACUGACGUACUUCCGGAUCCAUUGAAGGAGGCAAGCAAAGAGUUGUGUGUGUAUUUUGUUGAUUGUUUCGGAAAUCCGACGCGUAUCGAUUAUGGUACGGGACACGAGUUGGCUUUCAUUAUGUUUCUGAUGUGCUUGUUCAAGAUUGGUGCUUUCGAUCGGAAGGAUGAGGUGGCCGUUGGCUUAAAGCUUUUCCAGAAAUACAUCAUCCUUGCGAGAAAGCUACAGGUGACAUACCGCAUGGAACCAGCCGGAAGUCAUGGUGUAUGGAGUUUGGACGAUUUUCAGUUCGUUCCCUUCAUAUGGGGUAGUGCACAGCUUGCCGUGAACAGUCCCAUCGAACCGGCCCAGUUUGUGGAAGAAAAAUCGAUUGCGAAAUACAAAAAAGAACUUAUGUUUGUCGGUUGCAUCGACUACAUACAGCAGGUAAAGACGGGCCACUUUGCCGAACACUCGAAUCAGCUGUGGAGCAUCAGUGCCGUUCCAGAGUGGUCCAAGAUCUGUACCGGGCUGAUUAAGAUGUACCAGAAGGAAGUGUUGUCAAAGUUCCCCGUUAUUCAACACGUAUACUUCGGAUCUAUACUUACGCUUAAAACGAUUAAACCGGGCACGAUGUUGCCCAAUCCGAGGCUGGGUCAGCUUCCUCGGCAACAGGCACCGGCCGUGCCGGCACCUCCAAAGUUUCCCGGUGGCGAUGGAAUGUGA